ACAGAUCUGAUUGGUCAGCAAAGCAGUGACUGUGGGCUUGCAGUUUCCCGGAAGUAGCAGCGACAGAAACGAAGUAGCUGGUUUUAGGCUUUCACCGGACAAAAAGCAGCGCUUAGAACCCGCCGAUGCAGAGCGGAACAGAGACAUGCCUUAAUGUAUUUCAUCCCUGAAGCCAGCAUCGACAGUUUGACCUCCCAUCCGUACAGCAUCCAGAUGAGUGCUGGCAGCACGCGGCCUGCACGCAGACGAGAUGCUGGAGUCUGGAUUCAAACCAAAAGCCUUCUCUACAAGAACCUGCUCAUCAAGUGGAGGACAAAGCAGCAGAGCCUCCAG